AGAGGGGCAGAGGAGUGAAGGGGACUGCAGUCCGAGAGGAGAUUUUGGGAGCUAGGACCCUAAACCUCGGGACGUGACGUUGGCCGAGAGAAAGCUUAGACUGCCAAGAUCUGCCACCGGCUCAGGGAGCGCAUUUAUCUAUUUGGGGGGAAAGGAAGGGAGAGAGGAGCGGGAGGGGGAGGAAGAGAGUUCAAGCCGAAGUGGAUGGAAGGGGACCGGGGUUUCUGCCGCUCAAGGAGCCGCGAGCCAGGGCGAUGGCGCUAAGGACGGCGCGGAGCAGCUGCGCUCCCGAGAACGCGUAUCCUCGCAGAGGACCAGCCGGCGACGGGAAGGUCUGCGCGGAGAGGAACCAACUUGUGGCUCCAAAAUGUACCCAACGCAGCUGGAAAUGAGAUCAAAGCUGCGGUUUCAUUCGAGAAGGAUGAGAGGAGCCAGCGAUUAGGGAUUUCUUUUUUUUUUUUUUUUGGUACCUCCUUCGUUCCAUUUUCUUUCUUUCCUUAUUACUAUUAUUUUUCUAAUUUGCCUACCACUCCGUUGAUCCCCUCACUUCGCCCUCCCUCUCUGAAAUAAAAGCCCAGUUCGAACUUCUUUCGCCGCGGCGCCCCCGGAUCCGCUGCUCGCUGAUGGAGGAGAAGGGGACCCGGGGGCUGGCAGGGGCCACCGGCGAGGGACCGCGUCACGCGUCUCCCCCGUCAUCCCGGCCCUGAUCGCCAAUUCCUGCAACACCUGGAGGAUCUGGACCGGGUGCUGGGGGUGGGGGCGGGGACAGAGGAACCGAAAGCCACUCCAAGCCUUAAAAAACAAAAAGAAAAAGUAGCGGGGGGAGGAAUGGGUUUCUCCUUGACAGCUGACGGAGCCUUGAAAUUUUCCUCCACUACCUCCGCCCCCGCCCCCGCCCCCGCCCCCCGCACUCCAUUUAACGUAAGAUUAUGAAAUUGCAGAGGCGGUGGAGGCAAGGAGUCAGGGUAUAACAGGGAGUUUGGAGGGAGAGGGGAAGGUGGCUGGCCGGGCGGCUGAAAUCAAAAAUCCAAUUGCGCACUGGGUUGUGAUGAGAAAUCUAAUCAGAUCUUUGGAGAAGGGGCCGACCGGAAGGGUGGCGAGUGGGGGGAGUUGAUCCCCAAAUUCUCCGACUGGGCAGGGGGUCGGGGAGAGGAACUGACGAUGUAAAAGGAGACUUUUUUGGUGGCGGUGGCGGUUGGGUGCCUUGCAAAAAUGAAGGAUGCGGGACGCAGCUCUCUCUUGGAACCGAACGCAGUGGAUAAACUGAUUGUGCAAGAGAGAAGGAAGAACGAAGCUUUUUCUUGUGAGACCUGGAUCUUAACACAAAUGUGUAUAUGUGCACACAGGGAGCAUUGAAAAAUGAAAUAAACCAGUGUCAGACCCGCGGGAGUUGGUGUGUUCCGACAUAAAUAAAUAAUAAUAAAACAGCUGCCCCCCUACCCCAAAGGAUGGUUGGAAAUGGAGAACCGAGGAUCCACAAAGAAAAAGUAUGUUUGUUUUUCUCUCUAAAGGAGAAAGUAAGCCAAGGAGAUAUUUUUGGAAUGAAAAGUUUGGGGCUUUUUUAGGAAAGUAAAGAACUGAUAUGGUGGUGUUUUCUUUUCUUUUUGAAUUUCCCACAAGAGGAAAGGAAAUUAAUAAUACAUCUGCAAAGAAAUUUCAGAGAAGAAAAGUUGACCGCGGCAGAAUGAGGCAUUGAUUGGGAGAGAGAAAGCAGCAGAGCACACUUGGAUUUGUGCCUAUGUUGACUAAAAUUGACGGAUAAUUGCAGUUGGAUUUUUUCUUCAUCAACCUUUUUUUUCUUCCUUUUGGUGUCAAGAUCAUGCGUUUUUGCUUGUUCUUAAUCACCUGGAUUUCCGUCUGGAUGUUGCUGUGAUCAGUCUGAAAUACAUGUUUAGAUACCCCAUUGGAAUGCAGUUUGACACAAUAAAAAAAACAUGCCAGCUAUCCCUGGAUUUUAAUGACAACACCGUCUUCACUAGUGGUCUUGGAUUGACAAACACGUUGCCUGUUUAUAGCGUAGAGACCGCAAUGGAGAGCUAGUUUAGAGACAGCCUUCAGGUUCCCAGCUUGACACCAGAGAUGACUCUCCUUGGAAUUCACUUCUCUUACUAUUUGAACUCCAGAAGGACCAAAACCAGAUAAAUUAUGAAUGUUGAACAAGAUGACCUUACAUCCACAGCAGAUAAUGAUAGGUCCUAGGUUUAACAGGGCCCUAUUUGACCCCCUGCUUGUGGUGCUGCUGGCUCUUCAACUCCUUGUGGUGGCUGGUCUGGUGCGGGCUCAAACCUGCCCUUCAGUCUGCUCCUGCAGCAACCAGUUCAGCAAAGUGAUUUGCGUUCGGAAAAACUUACGUGAGGUUCCAGAUGGCAUCUCCACCAACACUCGGCUGCUGAACCUCCAUGAGAACCAAAUCCAGAUCAUCAAAGUGAACAGCUUCAAGCACUUGAGGCACCUGGAAAUCCUCCAGUUGAGUAGGAAUCACAUUAGAACAAUUGAAAUUGGGGCCUUCAAUGGUCUGGCAAACCUCAACACCCUGGAACUCUUUGACAAUCGUCUCACUACCAUCCCGAAUGGAGCUUUUGUAUAUUUGUCUAAACUGAAGGAGCUCUGGUUGAGAAACAACCCCAUUGAAAGCAUCCCUUCUUAUGCUUUUAACAGAAUCCCUUCUUUGCGCCGAUUAGACUUAGGGGAAUUGAAAAGGCUUUCAUACAUCUCAGAAGGUGCCUUUGAAGGUCUGUCCAACUUGAGAUAUUUGAACCUUGCCAUGUGCAACCUCCGGGAAAUCCCUAAUCUUACGCCGCUCAUAAAACUAGAUGAGCUGGAUCUUUCUGGGAAUCAUUUGUCUGCCAUCAGGCCUGGCUCUUUCCAGGGACUGAUGCACCUUCAGAAACUGUGGAUGAUACAGUCUCAGAUUCAAGUGAUUGAACGGAAUGCCUUUGAUAACCUUCAGUCACUCGUGGAGAUAAACCUGGCGCACAACAAUCUGACAUUACUGCCUCAUGACCUCUUCACGCCCUUGCAUCAUCUAGAGCGGAUACACUUACAUCACAACCCUUGGAACUGCAACUGUGACAUACUGUGGCUCAGCUGGUGGAUAAAAGACAUGGCCCCCUCCAACACAGCUUGUUGUGCCCGCUGUAACACCCCUCCGAAUCUGAAAGGGAGGUACAUUGGGGAGCUCGACCAGAAUUAUUUCACAUGCUAUGCUCCUGUGAUUGUGGAGCCCCCAGCAGAUCUCAAUGUCACUGAAGGCAUGGCAGCUGAGCUGAAAUGCCGGGCCUCCACGUCCCUAACCUCUGUAUCCUGGAUUACUCCAAAUGGAACAGUCAUGACACAUGGGGCGUACAAAGUGCGGAUAGCUGUGCUCAGCGAUGGCACAUUAAAUUUCACGAAUGUAACCGUGCAAGAUACGGGCAUGUACACAUGUAUGGUGAGUAAUUCCGUUGGAAAUACCACUGCUUCAGCCACCCUGAAUGUUACUGCAGCAACCACUACUCCUUUCUCUUACUUUUCAACUGUCACAGUAGAGACUAUGGAACCUUCUCAGGAUGAGGCACGGACCACAGAUAACAAUGUGGGCCCCACUCCAGUGAUCGACUGGGAGACCACCAACGUGACCACCUCUCUCACGUCCCAGAGCACAAGGUCGACAGAAAAAACAUUCACCAUCCCAGUGACUGAUAUAAACAGUGGGAUCCCGGGAAUUGAUGAGGUCAUGAAGACUACCAAAAUUAUCAUUGGCUGUUUCGUGGCCAUCACACUCAUGGCUGCGGUGAUGCUGGUCAUUUUCUACAAGAUGAGGAAGCAGCACCAUCGGCAAAACCACCACGCCCCAACAAGGACUGUUGAAAUCAUUAAUGUGGAUGAUGAGAUUACAGGAGAUACACCCAUGGAAAGCCACCUGCCCAUGCCUGCUAUUGAGCAUGAGCACCUAAAUCACUAUAACUCUUAUAAAUCUCCCUUCAACCACACAACAACAGUUAACACAAUAAAUUCAAUACACAGUUCAGUGCAUGAACCGUUAUUGAUCCGAAUGAACUCUAAAGACAAUGUACAAGAGACUCAAAUUUAAAACAUUUACAGAGUUAUGGAAAACAAACAAUCAAAAAAAAGACAAUUUGUUAAAAAUGACACAAAUGACUGGGCUAAAUCUACUGUUUCAAAAAAGUGUCUUUACAAAAAAAACAAAAAAGAAAAGAAAUUUAUUUAUUAAAAAUUCUAUUGUGAUCUAAAGCAGACAAAAUUAUGUGUAUUCCUCAGAACCUGUUUUUGCUGCACUUAUUUACUAUUUUCCCACAUCUCGUCCCUGCCUUCCCCGAUUGCCAUAUUUUUCAUAGGAGAUCUCAAUUCCCUAAAGAACUGGUCUAGGAAAUUUUGUAAGAAUUCUGUUAUACUUUGAGAUUUUUAUGGUGAAUUCUAGUGGUGAGAUCCAGUCUAUUUUGUCUUUAUUGCUUUUUGUCCUCUUUUCUUUUUUUUCCCCCUCAUGCCCUUAUGAAGUAGUCCAAUGGGGAAUGCAUAUUAGAAAUAGAUUUUUAAGAGAGAACAAGGAAAAAAAUGCAAGAUCUUAUAUUUUUCUUGUAAUGACCUGUUCUGUAUUUAUGAGGAGGACCAUUCAAUGGAAAAGGGAAAAAAAAGUAAGCAAACAACAGAUUAAUUUACAUAUGAGCAUCUAUAAAACCCAUGAUCUUUUAAACAACUCUAGAACCAGAAUUUGUAGUUCAAAAGCUAAAAAUAAGAUUAUAAAUAAAAUAUUGUUGGUUUUUCUGUACCUGGACACAACUCAUUUGUAGUAUGGCUCAAAUGUGAGAAAC